CUGAACGCUCCCGUAUGUCAUCAUUCAAUGCUAUCCGUUAGCUUGUUUCACAGGCUUCUUCCAAAAAUAAUUAAGGACAUUGUUUAUUUUUUCUCACCGUAUUACAGUUAAUCUAUUACUUAGCUCUGGAGAGACGAGUCUUGUUGCAUUUACACUGACUAUAGAGCAAUGCUGUUUUGCACAUCGAUGCUUUGUAAGUUAGCUAAGUGCUAACUGCUACGGUGACAUCAAGAAACUUACAUGCGUCUGCCACCGCUGUCAUACAGAGACAGCAGAUCAUCUUGGAUCAGGAACACUGGCACAGCCUUUUCUUGCAGACACCAUGGAGCUCCAGGCGGUGCUGAUGGCGGCCGGGGGUGGAUCACGUAUGACAGAUCUGACAUACAACACCCCCAAACCCAUGCUGCCUGUAGGCAACAAACCACUGAUGUGGUAUCCCCUGAACCUGCUUGAGAGAGUGGGCUUUGAAGAGGUUAUAGUGAUCACCACUAAAGAAGUCCAGAAGAUGAUGAGUACAGACUCUAAAAUGAAGCGGGACAUAAAGAUGAAGAUGGAGGUUGUUUGUGUCCCAGAAGAUGGAGACAUGGGCACUGCUGAUGCUCUCAGACACAUUCAGCAGAAGAUCAAGACUGACAUCCUGGUGGUGAGUUGUGACCUUAUAACCGAUGUGGCUCUUCAUGAGGUGGUCGACCUUUUCAGAGCCCACAAUGCAACACUGGCUAUGCUCAUGAGCAAAGCCCAUGAGUUCACAGAGACUGUGCCGGGCCAGAAAGGGAAAAAAAGGACAGCUGAACAGAGGGACUUUGUCGGUGUGGAUCAGUCAGGGAAGAGACUGCUCUUUAUGGCCAAUGAAGCGGAUCUGGAAGACGGACUUUCAGUCAGGAAGUCUAUUAUAAGAAAACAUCCCAGGAUGCACAUCAAAACAGGCCUGGUGGACGCUCACCUCUACUGUCUGAAAAAAGCAGUUGUCGACUUUCUCACGGAAAACAAGUCCAUUUCAUCAAUCCGAGGAGAGUUGGUACCGUACUUGGUGCGCAAACAAUUUUCCAAAACCACUAACAGCCAGAAGGUGAAAGAAGAUUUGGAGGAUCAGACCCAGAAAAAGAAUGACUGCUCUACAAACCAUGAGCUGCUCAUCUCAUCGCGGGACGAGCCUCUACUCCAGCUGGCCCAGGAGCGGUCCUGUUGGAAUGACCACCGCGGUGACAUGAGUGAGGCCUACCACGGAGGAAAGCUCCGCUGCUAUGUUCACAUUAUGGAGCAGGGUCUGUGCUACCGUGUUAACACUCUUGCUGCUUACAUAGAGGCAAACAGGCAGGCCCCAAAGCUUUUUGAGGAACCACCAGUUCAUCCAUCUGCUGUCAUUUCUGAGAGAUGUCAGGUGGGGUCAGACAGCAUCAUUGGGGAACGGUGCCAGAUAGCAGAAAAGACUUCCAUAAAAAGAUCAACUAUUGGAAUAUCCAGCAACGUGAAAGAGAAGGUCAAAGUCACCAACUCCAUUGUUAUGCAUUCAGUCACCAUAGAGGAAGGAUGCAAUAUCCAAGGCAGCGUAAUCUGCAGUAAUGCAAUCAUUGGCAGGGGAGCCGACCUCAAAUAUUGUUUGGUUGGAAAUGGACAACGAAUUGAGCCAGAAGUUGAACGGACAAAUGAAGUCAUUGUUGGAACGGACCAACUGAUGGAGAUUUAGCUUCGUCACAGAGAAGUCGAAACCUCACCUGUUAACCUGAGAGCAGCAAACCUGAUAGAGUGACUGAUUCCAGCUGACUGUCCAAUCAGAAGCCUGGAAGCUGCUGGACAGUCUGGGGAUGUUUUUUUUUUCUUUUUUCUUUUUUUUUCUUUUUUACAAUAAGUCUGAAUAAAGACAAGUUGACUUGA